AAAGACACUAGAAGCAUCUCAGAAACGCAAAUCAGAGAAAAAUAUGGCGAACGAAAAGUCGGUGAUGGCGGUGAUCAGAGCGGCGAGGCCAACCUUCCGCAACAACAACGACAAGGUUGCUUUUGCAGUUCACGCCUCUUUCGUAGCCUCCGGGUACGAGCUCAUCGCCACCGGGCCUCCUGCUUUUUCCGAUUCUGCCCUCCUCUCCUCCUCCCCAAUCGAUGAGGUAGGAAUUGAUGGAUGGAACGAGCUUGACGACGAGUACGCUUUCGUCUACGCCAACGCCGAAAACAAGAACAAGUUACUGGUCAAAUGCCUUGUGAUGAACGAGAAAUUGUUCGUGGAUGCUUUGGCUUCUCACUCGCUCCAUCUCGAAAUCAAUGUGGGUGACUAUGUUGGAGGAGAGAGUGGCAGCAAUUACUCUUCACAGUUCAAAAAUUUGGAGACACUGGUCAACACUCUGGACGCUCAACUUUUGUCUAAAUUGGAUUCCAGUUCCUCAACUAGUAACGUCGCCCCCGUAAGUUCAGAAACAAGUGAGAGAUCAAUUACUGAGCCUCCUACUCGACCUUCGGAUCCUCCACUUCCUUCCAGAAUUGUCUAUCCUUCUGUUAAUCCUAUAGGUGAUAGUGAUCGUUUCCCUGGGCCUGGUGCUGGAAUGUAUCCUGCUAGAGGUGAUUUUGGUGGUGGAGGCAUGCUUCUAGGACCAAAUGAUCCUCGGUGGUUUGGCGGCAUUAGAGAGCCUGGGUUUCCUGGAGGACAACCGGGUGUUCCUCCUGGUGCUCGUUUUGACCCCUAUGGGCCACCUGGUGUUCCUGGUUUUGAGCCCAAUAGGUUUGCAAGGAAUCCACGGAGACCGGGGGGUGGCACUCAUCCAGACUUGGAACAUUUUGGGAGUGGUUCUGAUUUCAUUUAGAUGUGGUUAAAAAAGAAUGAUGUUGUGUUAAAAUACUUCUUCCGCUUUAGAAAAAAAAAAAUCUUAUAUACUUGGCUGGAUGUUUAAUAGCUUAACAUGCACUUUUGUCGAUCUUAGAUCUCAAAAUGACCAUAGUGAACAUAUGAUAAGCGUGUAUGAAAUUAGCUUGGUUCAAUUAGUGGGGUGAUGAUUUGGCAAUUUAUAGUCGCCAAGUGUGGUGGCUGCCUCUCAAUUUGGCUGCAUGA